AUGGCCCUCCUGUUUGCCGAGUAUGACAUCGAAGUCCACCUCUUCGAUCCGGCCACAGAGAACGUGAAGCGCGUUCUCGACCAGGCCAAGAAAGCAGGGCUCGGCUCAAAAGUCUUCCACCAGAAGGACUACGAGUCCCUUUGCGGAUCUCUACCCUCCGAUUCUCCCAAGGUGUUCGUGCUGAGUGUCCCUCAUGGCUCGGUGGGAGAUAAGACUAUUGAUGGUCUGGAGCCGUUCCUCAAUAAGGGAGACGUGAUUAUGGACGCGUCUAACGAGCGGUGGACACACACCGAGAGACGUCAGGAGCGCCUGAGACCAAAGGGCGUACACUUUAUCGGUAUGGGCGUCUCUGGCGGAUACCAGGCAGCACGACACGGUCCGUCCAUCUCGCCUGGCGGCAGUACACAGGAGGCCCUCGACAUGGUUUGGCCAUUCCUGUCCAUGAUCGCGGCCAAAGACCGCCAUGGACGUCCAUGCACGGCCAAGCUAGGCGUCGGCGGAUGUGGCCACUACGUGAAGAUGGUUCACAACGGCAUCGAGCACGGGAUGAUGCAGGUCCUUUGCGAGAUAUGGGGCAUCAUGGCCAACGGCCUAGGAUGGUCGUUCGAGGAGAUUGGAGACGUUUUCGAGCGCUGGAAUACCAACAAGGACAGCCCUCUGCGAUCCAAUUUUCUGAUCGAGAUCGGCGCUGAGAUAUGCCGGAAGAAGGAUCCAGAGGAUGAGACUAAGUACAUCCUCUCGAGCAUUCGUGAUAAGGUCGUCCAGGACGUGUGCGAAGAGGAGGGUACGGGCACGUGGACGGUGGGUGAGGCCGCGAGACUGCAUGUUUCUGCGCCAACCAUCGCCGUGUCGCACAUGACUCGACCCUGCAAGACAGAGGCACAGACGGUCGAGGGCAAGGCCAAGGCGGCCCGCGAGCUCCGAGACGCGACAUAUGCGUGCUUCCUGCUGUGCUUCGUCCAGGGGAUGCAUAUCAUCGCAGCGGCAGAUGCAGAGCACGAGUGGAAGCUGAACUACAGCGACAUCAUGCAGCUGUGGCGGGGUGGGUGUAUCAUUCAGUCUGACGGGAUCGUGGACAUGCUCGACGAGAUUUACAAGUCGGAAACGGUAGACAGGGUCAACCUCCUCGCCCACCCGACCAUCGCAAAAGAGCUGGGCAGCACGAUGGCCUCGCUGAAGGAGCUCGUGAUCAGCUCGCUGGGGAUGGACUCAUUUGUGCCGGCGCUGAGCGCGAGUCUGGAGCAUUUCAAGUACUCCAUCUCAACAGACCUUCCCACAAGCUUCCAGGAGGCGGAGCUGGACUUCUUUGGGCAUCACAUGUAUGAUCUUAAGAGCGAGAGUGCUGGGGACCCGGUCAUGGGCAAGCACCACUUCGAAUGGAGGCCCGCAAGAGGAAUUCGAGAUGAGGAGCAAAAAUGA